UCCACGUCACAGGCUGGAAUGCGCAUUCUCAUUCCGCGAUCGAAUCAGAUAAUGGCCGGCACGGGCGAAGUUUUCUCCUGGUCGGAGAAGUUGACAAAGGACUUUCUGGAUAUUUAUUCCCAGUAUCAGGAGAAGUUCUCGAACGUAAAUUUCAAGAGUUUCUUUUUGUGGCAGGAAAUUGCCAGGCUGCUCCGAGAGAGUGAUGCAGAUCGAAAUGUUUGGCCGAGUGAUAAGCAGUGCAACAAUCGAUUCAAGUCACUGAAAUCGAGUUCGCAGAAGUACCUCGACUCGUUGAAGGAGACCGGAGCUGGCAAGAAGAGGAGGGAGCCGCCAUUCCAUAAAGAGAUCAUGGAUUUGAUCGGCAGCAGAAGCAGCGUUGUGCCCCCUUCAAUUGCCAGCUCCGGGAGCAUCGUUUCGUCGAUUGCCUCCUCACAACCGAUUUCACCUCCACCCGCUAUGCAUACUUACGAAGAUGACGACGUUACCGACUUUGAAAUGAACAAUGAUGAUGAUGACAAUCGUGAUACAGCGGCCACUGCCCCGACGGACCCUAGGAUCCGGACAACACCUGUCGCAGCGCAAGCCCCAACACCAGUCUCAACAACAACACCAAAACAACCAAUAGUAUCUGGCUGCGCCUCAAAGGCUCCAUUGAAGAAACGACGCAAGCGCCCGCCCACACAAAGUUCACAAAUUCAAGAGUUCCUGAAAAACCAUGAAGUAAAAGAAAGCCGCCGGGAGAAGGAUAGAAAGAAGCGGGACAAGAAGAAGAUGCGUAUUAUGGAGGGAUUUCUUGCCACGAUCCAGAAUGCGUUGGGUGGCAAGAGAAAGAGGAAGAAGAAACGAGGACAGCGCCAGCAUGAGUCAGAAAGCAGCAGUGACAGCAGUAGUGACACCACACACGCCAGUAGCCACUACAGUGAGCAAUCUGAUGCUGAAGAUGACUUAUCAGUUUCUAUCUUUGGGUCAUCCUAAUAAAGUUAUUAUUAUUAUUCUGUAAUGCUUUAAAAUUGAAUCCGUUUUUUUGCUCUGAACUACAGAGUAGGAGUAGGUGACUUGAUAAUUUUAACUUUUACUUGGGUUAUUCUUUCACUGUGCAAGCGCUACACAAGUCACAAAUUAUGGCAGUUGUGCCUCCAAUUGGCUCCCAUGUAACGCCCAAUCGGGACUGUGUUCUGCUUUAUACAUUACUUGUGCCGAAAUAUAAGCCAAGAAUGCCAUGAACGUUCCCAUCUGGCUCCCAGUUGAGCCUCUAUUGGGGCAAUUUACGGACAACUCACAAAUUAUGCCAAUUAUGGCAGCUGGGGCUCGAAUUCGGGUUCCCAUGUAACGCCCGAUCUGGCCCUAAUCUGCUUUAUAGAUUACAUCUGCUGAAAUUGUCAACCAUGCCAAGAAAGACCUCACCUGGCUCCAAGAUGAGCCCCGAUUGUGGCCAAAUAGGGACUCCGUUCUGCUUUAUGAAUUACUUGUGCUGAAGGAGUAGCCAAG